AUUUGUUGUAUUAAAGUUUACGGUAACAACUUGUAUUUCAAGUUUUGUUUAUAAGAUUAAAGUGAUGUGCCUUUGUUCAUUAGAAGUCAUUAAAUAUCUAAAUAUGUCAACUGUUAUAUUUUGAUAUAUUGCUAAUUCUGUGUUCUUGAACUUAUUUCAUGUUCUUUAUGUACUUUUUCAGAUGAAAACAUUGUGAACGCUAGCUAAGUUAAAUUAAAUUUUUUCCUGUACCUGCCAAAUAUCACUUUUGUGCCAAUCACAUGCUUGAACUCCCGAAAUGGGCCGAACAACAAAACCAAAUAAUCAAACAACAUUUGAAGGUAAAUUAGAGGAGGAAGAAGACUUGCAAAGUUCAAAGGGAGGUAGAAAUAAUGGAACUAGAGAAGUAAUAUAUGAAUCAAAAAGAAAAAAGAAGGAAAAAUACCCUCCUGGUACUCACGAAGCCACUUUUUCUGUCGUUAUAUCUAUGUCAAUACCCUCCAAUACUGAGGAAACAGUAACCGGUACUAUCGAAAGCUCAAAAAAAAAGCAUUCGAAUAUAAUUGAUUCGCCUAAAGCUCAGAAUUAUUAUCACAUUGAAUAUGGAAUGCUACCAGGGGAAGAGGAAAUAUUGAAAACAGAUAUUGUGUCUUUCGGACCCGCUGCUAAAUUUUAUGCGGAAAAGCAAGAAUCCCGAGUUCUAAAAACGUUCCAAUCAGGAAAUUGUUCUUGGAUUGCUUGGACUCAAAACCACACUAUACCUAUGACUGAACAGAAUGUGGAUAAGCUACAUAAUCAUAUACUUGAGCUGCGUCUAUGGAAUCAAAAAGAUAAAUGCUCUUAUAAAGCCAAGUUUGAUAGGCCGAAAGCUUUCAAACUACCAAAAGGUGAGGAUGACUUAAAUACUGGAGUAGGAGGAUUGGUGUUAAAUCAGAUCAAAAGUUUCGUUGAUAUGGGACCGAAAAAAUUAUAUUUGCAUAAAGAUCUUCCAAACAUUUAUAAUACAUCGGAUUCGAAUAAGAAAAUUAUAUCGCUUAAACAACAAUUACCAAUAAGUGACCUGUCUGAAAACAAAAUUGACAACAUAAAGUAUGCCACUUCAUCGGAAAAUAUCGAAAACGCACCAGCCAGCAGGAUUCAAUCAGCUAAGAAAUCUCGCAAUUCUAGGGCAAGCAUUCAUACUCCAUCAAGAGAUGUUGGAUCUACAGAGGACGGAGGUCCUUUAAGGAUAUAUGAAAAUUUGCGUCAAUUGGCCAAUGGAAUGCCUUCAGAAGAUGACGACCUAGAGGAACUUAUAAGCCUGGGUGGGGGAACUUCUGCAGAUCUUGCAACAUCUAAACGUCGACAGUCUAUUAACAGCAGGCAGUCAAAGUCUCAAAUGAAAGCAAAGGUGAAGAAAAAAUUUGAUGUCGAAGAAGUAGAACGUAUAAAGAAGCAGGGCGUUGCAUGUAUACCGAUAAAUAUGGCUGAGUUUUUUGCUCCUGGAACUACUUGUGUGACAAAAAGACUAUCGUCAAACGUGCCGGGAAUAGAAGAUUUUUUCAUUACAAUUAAAUUGACAACUCCAAUAUUAUCAGAUGAGCAGAUUGAUUUUUAUAACCCAUUAUCUAUAAAAAUUCAUUGUGCUACUAAUAUGCCAAAUGAGCCAUACGACUAUGAUAUUCUCAGGGAAAUAUGCGAACCAGCGUUUAUUGAGUGUCAAUUUCUCAACAGUGACAUUCACAGGAGUGACGGAGUUCUGCAAGACCAGGGUAUAUACUGGGAUGAUACUUUUGUUGUUCUAUUGGGUAAGAUAGAUCCCAGUAAAGUACGAGAAUUUCUCCUAGGACCCCACUUUGAAAUAAAAAUUCAUGAUAGAGAUAAAAAAAUAGACGGAAUAAGUAAAGUAAAAAAACCGGCUUUAUUUGGAGCUGAAAUUGAAGACGAAAAAAUUUCUAAUGUGGGAGUGGUUUCUUCUAAAAGAACUUUGUACAAUGCGUUUGAUGCUAACAAAAAACCUUGGGACCCAUAUGGGAUAUCACGAUUUGACCUGUCAGGACUCUUAUUGGGUCAAAAAAUAAUAUAUCUGCAUUCUCCAAUUUUACCUUGUAAAAUUCCCGAUGUGCUAGGAAAGGAGAUGAAAGACAAUGCUUUGCUUGGAAUUAGAGGAGCCGUAGAUGGACCAGAAAUAGGACCAAUGCAACAAGCAGAUUAUAUGGGAUCUGGAGCUGAAUUAAAAAUAAGAGUAGAAGUAGCGAAGGUUUUGGUUGGAGAGGAUGAGAUAAACAAAAGGACAGAUAGAAAAAUUUCAUCAGCGGUCUCUUUUCGUUAUAAAGAUAUUUUAAAAAUUUGUCCCUUUAAUCGCCUGAUAUAUGUGGUUGAUACACAACAACAAAAUUUUCUCCGACGUUUGCUUGAUAAAAUUUCUAAUAUAAAUGCUGAAGCUCUGGGUUUAGCAAAUCUGGAUGAAAAUGCUGUUAGAGCCAUUCUGUCAACUUUUAAGCUGUCAACUGAGCAGCAGCAAUCCCCCUCUUUAGAUAUUAUAACUGGUUGUCAAAUAAUAGAUAAAACUACAAAUAUACUUAUUUUGGAGGGUUUGGCUGAUAGAGGUUUGGCAGAGCUAUGGGCUCAUUUACCUCAAGAAGCUGAUUCGAGCACCAAAAUUCUAUACAAUUCUGACACAAGAUUUACUGAACGACUCUAUGGAAAAUUGGAUGUUGAUAUCGUCAAGAUUAAACUGCAUGAACCAUUAGAUUUAAUUAUUCAACAACCCCUCUUUUAUGUUCGGGAUAUGGUUCCAAAGGAUUGUUUUGAAGCCUUAACGAAACUAAAAGACAUUCUAAAUUGUAGUAAAAUAAGACAGAUAUGUAAAAAUGAUCUAUGGCCCACAGCCAAUAUGAUAAUUGUACUAAGUAAAGAGUUUGGAGUACCUUUAACGAAAGACGAACUGAAAGACCUCCAGGAAAAUGAAGAAGAGAAAAAGCAAUUAAAUGAUAACACUAGAGGAACAAUAACUAGAUCAUCUCGAGCUCGAACUCCUCGUACGCCUCUAGAUAAUGCGAAUCCUGAAUUUGUCAAUCAGCUUUCUCGCAGAACAGUCUCUCCGAACUCAAGGAAUUUUCUGGCUGAACAUAAAAAAACUUUGAGAGAAAUUAGUCGCUUAAACGCUGAAGAACGCUCAAAAACAGCACCUUCAAAAUUUUUUGUUUCAAAUUAUCCAGUUCAUAAUUACAGCAGUCACACAUUUAAUCAGAUUGAAUUAGCAAAAGAGCAAAUUAGAGACAUGAUACAAUCGGAUUACUUAAAGAGAUAUUAUUCAUAUUGUCCUGAUUAUCACAUAAGUGGCACAUUCUUUCCUAAAGAUUUUGAUGACGAAUAUAGGAAAGACAGUGUCCCCAAAAAGUAUCUUUGGAAAACUCAAGAAGGUUGGCGUUAUCCAGGAAAACAACAUAUGGUUCAAGCUAAUCAACAUCCUUUAAAACCCGACGAUGCCCGAGCUGCGGAGCUAAAAAAGGAAUGGGAAGAAAAUUCUCUUCAUACAAAUAAAUUCGUUCCACCAGUUGCUCAGAGAGAAGCAUUCUCGUGGUGUCAUCGUGCUUAUGACUUUAAUUUGUGGCAAAAGGCUGUUCCAAUAGAUCAAGGAGUCCCAUCCAUUCAUCCAGCAGGCAUAACUGCCCAAGAAGAUAAGAUAAAGGCCACAACUUUGGAAAAACAAAAAUGGAAAGAAAAACUUGUAACCGAAACUGAACAAAUGAAAUUCCAUCGAAAAAACUGCAAAACAGAGAUGACAAUGUGUGGCUCCAAGUCUUCAAAUCAAAUAGAUAAGCUCAAUGGACUUCUUAAAGACGAAGCUAAAAAAGUAGCCUUACAAGGAAGGAUGGCGAAAAUAUGUUCAAUACCUCCCUUUCAAGUUGUUGCACAGCCAUCUGUCGACACCCAAGCAAGAGAGAUGGACAAAGCUAUAGCUCCCGCGAUUGAUAAUGAAUUUGAGGAUUUCAACAUAGGAUUUUCUCCUGGUGAACGAGGGAAGUCGCUGACUGUAGACUUCAUUUCAAGGCACGAUUACGAUAGGCACAAUUUUCCUUUCGCUGAUGAUUUCAAACCUCGGGUAAAUCAUAAAUCUAAAAUCUACAAGAAAAUACCUAAACCUUUAAGUAAUGAAGAAUAUUCGAAUAAUUUGUACCAAUUAACGCCAGAUUUGGAGGAAAGGUUAAAACUGCUGCCGAAACCUCUUGAGGUACCCAGCAUCGAAGAACUAAAAGAGUUUUAUAACAAAUUAGGCAAUGAGGGCUGCUUUCUUCCACCCAUUAGCUAG